UAAACCCCCUUUUCUUCUUCUUCUUCUUCCAAUAUCAGCACCUAACACUCACACCAGCCCCACUUCAGCCAAUACCCAAGCCGCUACUCCACCCCUCAUUCACGACACACCUGUUGCCACUUCGCAGCCCACAGAACCUAUCCAGCCUUCAAACCCGUUACCGGCCACCUCCACUUCCACUCACCUUCACCCCCUCUGCAACUGCGACCAAACCCCUGUUUCUUCACCACCCGUACGCCUGCUCUGCAACCAACAACAAUGGAAGCCAAACCCUCAAAUCUUGUCGAUCAAUUAGUCGUUCCAGGAGAUGUCAUACUGGACCUCUCAAACAUGGCUAAUCAAACUCUCAAGCUCGGUGGUGGCUUACGUCAGGAUGGUGAUUCCAUAUGUGUAAUGAAGGCUGGGAAGUUGAGGUUUAUGAAACCAAAUAAAUAUUGGGUUGAGAGCUCUCAGAAGAGGUAUGUACCGAGUGCCGGGGAUAACGUUCUUGGAGUGGUGGUGGAUACUAAACCAGAAAAUUUCCUUGUGGACAUUAAAGGACCUGCGUUAGCAUUUUUACCUGUUUUGUCAUUUGAAGGAGGAACUAGAAGGAACAUACCCAAGUUUGAGGUGGGCACUUUGUUGUAUGUUCGCGUGGUCAGUGCCAACACCGGCAUGAACCCCGAGCUUUCAUGCAUGGAUGCCAAUGGCAAAGCAGCAGAAUAUGGCGUACUUAAAGAGGGUUAUAUGUUUGAGUCAUCCACUGGCCUCGCAAGAGCGCUUCUGAGUUCUCCGCCUCAUCCUGUUCUUGAAGGCCUCGGAAAGAAACUCUCGUUUGAGAUAGCCGUGGGCAUAAAUGGUCGAUUUUGGGUGAAUGCAUCACAAUCGUCAACGGUGAUUCUGGUUGGAAAUGCUAUACAGAAAUCAGAAUCUCUCAGCUUGGUGCAACAGAAGAUUUAUUUAGAGAAAUUGCUUAAGAGUAUCCAGUGAUCAACUCAUGUUAUGAACAAUUUUUAUGUUCAUUUGUCAUUUUUAUCUAGAAAGCUAACCAAUUAUUAUUAUUAAACCAUUAUGUUCAAUCUUC